AGCAGGAAUAUGUUGCUAUUUUAAAGCUGUCUUUGAGAGUUUGCAAAUAUAAUUCACAAUUUUUAUGAAAUGUUUUGCUUUUCAGUUAAAGUAUUUUUGAAAGAUAUCUCUGAAAAAUUGUGGAGUUGUAACCUAAAGACAAAUUCAUCGAUAUUUUUAAUGAAGUCAUGACCCUUGUUAGGGGGGUUUCCACUUUGAUCUCACACAUUUACUGUUUUCCUGUUUGUUUAUACUCUUUUAUUUAUCGUCUUCUUCGAUUCAUCUCUAUCAAAUUAAGAAGGAGAAAUGCGAGAGAGAUUUCACACAGGUUCCACUGACAUUAAUUGAUGCAGCAGCUUAAAUUCGUCGUCAACUGCCUUGACAUUCAAUACUUAAUAUUCUUGUGUGUUUCUCACGCGUUCCUAUUUACGAUGGAUUUGCGUUUCGACUUGAUUGUGAUCUUUCUAAUCUUCGAUGUGACCUCUGUUCCAGUCACAGAUAAUGGCCCGAAGAAGAACUCAAAUAAAAUUCAACUUAAUUUAGGAAUUUCAAACAAUUAUUUACUCCAACAGUUAAACGGCAAUGAAAAUAGAAACGCAUUCCAGUUUCUAAUGCUAUCUAGCCUACACGCUUCUAAUUCUAUCUACAAUCCCUUUUUAAAUUCUAAUAGUCUUAAGUUCUUUCAAGAGUCAGAUAGCAAUGAAAAUAAAAACUCUUUUCAUUUACUUGAUUCUAAUUCUACCUAUAAUUCUUUUUUAAAUUCUAACAAUUCUUUAUUGAACUCUGUUAAAAACUAUUCAAGAGUUGACGUCUCUAGUUCGUCAAUAUCACCUAUAGAUGCAUUUGCACCAAUAGAUACGCUUAAUAGGUCAGUUGAGAACUCGUCUUUCACAAUGUCCAAUCCAGUAAAAACAAUAUCAGAACGUAAAUGCCAGGAAUAUGUAAAAGAAAUUACUGGCUUCACCAGGACAUCAUUGCCGACUGGUCCAUCAUCGGUCGAGUUAAUUAAAGAAUUCCUCGACAUGGUUCUCGUGAUAGGUGGCACGGAGGCUCGGAGAGGCGAGUUCCCUCACAUGGUCGCUCUGGGUAGAUUCAAUUCCGACAAGUUCAUUCUGAUGUGCGGCGGCACAUUAAUUUCGCAUAUUUGGGUACUUACCGCUGCGCAUUGCACUUAUGGGACAAACGGUGGUCCAACUCACGCAAAGAUAGGCUUCCACAGUUUAACGGACGAAGCAGGCAUCACGGUUGCCGUCAAACACGGUAUAAGACAUCCGGAUUAUAAUCCAUCCACAUUCUAUGCCGACAUAGCUCUAAUACAACUUAUGAAUGCCAUCACGUUUAACACAUCCAUUCGACCUGCGUGUCUUCAUCAGAAAUAUAAUAUCGAAUCUAGAAAAGCUUGGGUUACUGGCUGGGGCGUAACUGAAUUCAGCGGAGAGGUGAGCAAUCAACUGCAAGUAGCUCAUUUGGAUCUGAUAGAUAAUUUAUUAUGUACACAACAGCACAACAUUUCCCAAGCAAUUCCGUCCGGUAUUGCACCGACUAUGAUCUGUGCUGGCGAUAGUAACGGCAAGCGAGACUCUUGCCAAGGAGAUUCCGGAGGUCCUUUGCAAAUAGUCCAUCCUGACUUCAAACGUUUUUUCCAAGUGAUCGGUAUCACUAGUUUUGGUCAGGGUUGCGCGGUAAUUAAUGUUCCUGGAGUUUAUACCAGAGUAUCCCAUUAUCUUUCAUGGAUCGAAAAGAAUGUCUGGCCAGAGGAACAAUAUAGCGGCUCUUCGAAACAGGAUUCAAACAAAGUUCGACAUAAUUUGGAUAUUUUGAAUAAUCCUUUCUUACAGCCGUCAAAGGACAACGAAAAUGGAAAUCCAGUCUUGUUAAAUGACUUUGCAUCACAGGCUUCUGAUAUAGUCUUUCCCGAUAAUAACUACAACUACAAGUAUCACUAUCCCAUUCCUAAUAGUAACAACAAUCCAUUCCUGCAAACUAAUAUUGCAUCAGAGGUUCCCGAUAUAAUUUUUCCUGAUUAUAUAUAUUACUAUAAUACACCAACACCUAGUACACCAUUACCUAAUAUACCAAUAUUUACUAAACCAGUACCAUUGGAUAAUGAUUUUACAACAUCUCCUACGCCUACUCCUCCUACAACUGAUCCUUUAAUCUCAAAAGUACCAUAUUCUCAAGAUCUGCUACCCAUGAGAGCAAUGGUAUCAGAACAAAAAUGCGAGGAAUAUGUGAACGAAAUUGUGAGUAAUGCUCCGGUAACACCUUCGACUGGUUCAUUUUUGGACGACCUUGGUGCAUGUGCGACUACAUACAGUUUAAUUACCUACGGAAUCACGGUGGUCGGUGGCGUCUCGGCUCGGAAAGGCGAGUUUCCUCACAUGGUCGCACUGGGUAGACUUGAUUCUGAUAAGUUCAAUCUAAUGUGCGGUGCCACACUGAUUUCGCAUACCUGGGUACUUUCCGCUGCGCAUUGCACUUAUGGGCCAAAUGGUGGUCCAACACACACAAGGAUAGGUAUUCACAACUUAACAGAAGAUACAGGUGUCACAAUUGCGAUAAAAAAUAUGAUAAGACAUCCGGAUUAUAAUCCAUCCACAUUCUAUGCCGACAUAGCUCUGAUACAACUUAUGAAUGCCGUCACGUUUAACGAAUCCAUACGACCUGCGUGUCUUUUUCAGCAAUAUAAUACCGUACCUAAACGAGCUUCCGUUAGUGGCUGGGGCAAUACUGAAUUCAGUGGAGAGAUAAGUAAUACAUUGCAAAAGGCUACAGUGGAUAUAGUAGACAAUUUGUUAUGUACGACAAAGUACAACAGUUUUACAAAAGUUACGGAUGGCAUGACAUUGAAUAUAAUUUGUGCUGGCGAUUCUCGUGACUGGGCCAAGGACACUUGUCAAGGAGAUUCCGGUGGUCCUCUGCAAGUAAUACAUCCUAAUAAUUCUUGCAUCUAUCAAGUGAUAGGUAUCACCAGUUUUGGUCAAGGCUGCGCAACGUUGGACGUCCCUGCAAUUUAUACUAGAGUGUCUAAUUAUCUUCAGUGGAUCGAAAAAAAUGUUUGGCCUGAAGGAUCGUAAUUAAUUCGACUUUUACGAAAGACGUAAAAAAAACAUUUACAAUAUCGUACUUUACAAAUAUUAUACAAUUAAUCACUAGUUAAUUGUCAAAUAACUAAUCAAUCAAAUUUAUUUGAAAUUUAAGUAAUUUAUAGUAUUUGCAAACUUUUCUGUAUACAUAUACAGAGAAAAAAAUUUCAUUGACAUAAGUAUUCUUACUUAUUUGAUUGAAAAUUGUUUCACUGAAAUGCUUAUACAAAACAUUAUUGUAGAGUCUCCGUCAUUUAUUUUGAAGUCUUCGCGCUUUACGUUUCCGACGUAGUGUGUAUACGCAUAUCCGGAUACGAACAUCGAUAGUUCGUUGCAAUCAAACUAAUAAAAAUGUCCAAUUAAAAUAAUUCAAGGUUAAAAAAUAAUUAAAUGUCUAAUUAACAAUAAUUGUGAUAAACGUAAGAAUUGCGCGUUUGCUCCCUGUGUUAAAAAUCUAGAUUCGAAUCCAUCCAGAAUAUAUCACCCAAAUUUUUAAUUGAUUACUUUUCGGAAAACAAUGUCAAAUCAAUUUAAAGUAUUUUAUAAUUUAAAAAAUUAAAUUAAUAUUAAUUAUUUGUAAAGCCAGAUAUUAAUGUCCUUUUUACUUCAAUUGCUUGUAACCGGACACUAAACAGGAGACUCCAAAACCGGAUUGUCCAGUUGAAAACUGGACAGUUGACAUUACAUGCACGACGAGUUUUCGACGAUGGACGGAACUUAUAAGACAGAAAUCCGUCAAACCGAAGGAUUCUUGUAACGCGAGCAAUAAAAAAAUACGUAAAUAUGGUUAUAUGUAUAAAUAUGUAAAUAUACUAACGUAAUAAAAUUGCUUAGUUAUUUGCAUAA